GGAGAAGAAAUACUCUCCAUCAUUUUGUUAGCAGCAUGCUAACGUGAAUCUAUACGAGUCGACACGUGCGCUAAACCCUGACGGUUCUGUUGGUUUGUGACAGACAAUAAUGGAUGAUACAAUCGUUUGUUUUGCAGAAUGCUCAGAGUUCUGAUCGUAGGUCAAAUCAGUUGAAUUAGAAUCUUCCACCAAACACAUCGAUACAACCAACGGACACAUCACAGUUACCAGAGAAGAUGUCGACGGGGACACGCUGACUUCACUGGAUGUGCAGUACACAGGAAACACUCGGACUCACAUCACUCUCUACAACACAGACUGGGAGUUAUACCCUGGAGGCUAAUGAGGGCACGUCACCUGGUGCUGAUGUGCUCUGACACUGGUCGACUUUAAUGUUCUGACGUAGAGCAGUUUGGGAGUAUUUUCAACACCAACUUCAAAACAAUGAACCGAACUAAAACCUAUGAUGGAAAAAAAUAAGAAAUGUUAGAAAAAUAAACCCAAACCUUAAGAAUAAAAACAUCUCUCUCUCUCUCUCUCUGUGUGUGUGUCUCUCUGCUCCGUUACCACUGUGGUGACAUUUUUGUACACUGACUGGGUUUCCUGUUCUGCUACCUGCUGCGUUUGGCCUGGUGAUAAAAAUACACAAUGGUUUGGAGGUAAGGAGUGCCUGAACUUGCUCUGCAUGUGUGAGCUGCCCUGUUGGUUCACUCCCCCUUACCCCCACCCCGGCUCUCACCCCCCUACAGAGCCCUGACCUGUAUAUAAAGCAGCUGAGAUGCUACAGCUGAAAGGAAGAGCCCAGCAGACCGAGGCCUCGGAGCAUCAUCUUCACCAUCAUCCUACACCGCAAUCAUGGGGAACUGCUGUGAGCACUUUAGGAAUUUCUUCUGCGGGAACAAGAACACCAACGUGCGUGUCAGUCUGCCGGCCGUCUGCUUUGUGUGGCAGAUCGCCAUGAUUGUACUUUUUGGGGUUUUCAUUCGCUACGACGAGGAGUCGGACAGUCACUGGUCCGAGGUGAAGAAACACCACAACAUCAGCAGUGACAUUGAAAACGACUUCUACUACAGAUAUCCCAGUUUCCAAGACGUCCACGUCAUGAUCUUCGUUGGAUUCGGUUUCCUCAUGACUUUUCUGAAACGCUACAGUUUUGGAGGAGUAGGCUUCAACUUUCUGAUCGCCUCCUUCGGCCUCCAGUGGGCGCUGCUCAUGCAAGGCUGGUUCCAUACCCUGGAUCACAGCACUGGGAAAAUCUAUAUUGGAGUUGAAAGUCUGAUCAACGCAGACUUCUGCUGCGCCGGCUGCCUCAUCGCCUACGGAGCUCUGCUGGGGAAGGUCAGCCCUGUCCAGCUGAUGGUCGUCACCUUGUUCGGCAUCACUCUGUUCGCUGUGGAGGAGUUCAUCAUCCUCAGUCUUCUCCACUGCCGAGAUGCUGGAGGCUCGAUGGUCAUCCAUGCCUUUGGAGGAUACUACGGACUGGCCAUCUCCUGGGUUCUCUACCGACCAAACCUGCACCAGAGUAGACGUUUGAACGGCUCGGUCUACCACUCAGAUGUGUUUGCAAUGAUUGGUACUCUGUUUCUGUGGAUGUUCUGGCCCAGUUUCAACUCGGCCAUCACGGACCACGGAGAUGGGCAGCACCGCGCGGCGAUCAACACCUACCUGGCUCUGGCCUCCUCCGUCCUGACCACUGUGGCCAUCUCCAGCAUGUCUCAGAAGAAAGGAAAACUGGACAUGGUCCACAUCCAGAACGCCACCCUGGCUGGGGGCGUGGCCAUGGGAACAGCUGCUGAGUUCAUGAUCACUCCUUAUGGGUCACUCAUCGUGGGCUUCUGCUGUGGAAUCAUCUCCACCUUCGGUUAUCUGUUUGUCUCUCCCUUCUUAGAAAAAUAUCUCAAGCUCCAGGAUACGUGUGGCAUUCACAACCUUCAUGCUAUGCCUGGGAUGCUGGGGGGCUUCAUAGGGGCCAUCGUUGCUGCAAGCGCUACAGAAGAGGUCUACAGUAAAGAAGGGUUGAUCAGCACCUUCGACUUUGAGGGUAAAUUUGAAAACCGAACAGUGGGGACACAGGGCGGCUACCAGGCUGCAGGGACGUGUGUCUCCAUCGCAUUUGGAUUAGUGGGAGGAGCAAUUGUUGGACUGAUUUUGCGGCUGCCGCUCUGGGGCGGCCCCGCCGAUGACAACUGCUUUUAUGAAGAGGUGUACUGGGAGGUGCCUGAGGAGGAGGAGUCCAUCCCUCCCAUCCUGGAGUACAACAACCACAUGAUUCACAAGCACCCGGACAUAUCGGAAUCAAACUUCUCCGUGGAUCAAAACUAGAAGAGCGCCACCAACAGCCGAAUAUCACUGUGAAACGAUCACGAGUCGUGCAGGAGAACGCACAAAUGAAACACUUGUACCAAGGCCACAGCAGCACCGCACGGAUCAUUAGUAAUCAUAGUAACAGCAGUUGUAAUAAUGAUAACAGUAAUUAUACCAUAAUGAUAAUAGUUGUCAUUUGUUCUACACCUUUAAAGAAUCUUAGUGAUAUUAAAUCAGAGCUCCUUUGGUUUGUCGGACUUUUUAUGGUUUUUGCCUUUCUUUGUUUUCAUUGUCUUCCACUUUCUUUUUCUACAUUAGUUAAAAUAUCGGGAGGUUUGACGCGUUUCUAACUUUUAGGUGUUGAACACUGUCACUGUUGCCUUCAGAGUUUGUUAAAAAUGUUGGAUUUUACCGAAACAGCUGUUGAAACCUCAGACCAUGUAAAAAUGUUGUAUAUAAUACAAAAAUAGUUACAUCCAGGGCAACUGGACGAAGUAGGUUCCAGCUCUGAUCCAAGAGGCUUCUUCAGUUCUGACUGACUAUUGGAGAGUGACACCGUAGCUGCACUGACCCUCGUCACGGGUAUGCAGCCCCCUUUGAGGCUAAACACCAGAAUGUCCCAAUAGUCAGUCAGAAGACUGAAGACGCCUCUUGGAUCUUACUUCGUCCAUUUGCCAUCGAUGUAACUAUUUUUGGAUUAAAUGACCUGGAUGACUGAGAACCUACACAGACAUGUUGUAUAUACGUAAUAUUUUUUAUCUUUAUAUCUUUUUUUCUGUGUUUGAACAGACGAUCCCUGUUAGGAUCGUCUUCCUCUGUGGCUGCCCUACUGACGUCAGCAGUUUAGUUAGUAACAGUAAUUAGUUAGUAAAUCCACAGGUCAGAUGUAACUACUGAAUUUACAAUAAAGUUGUUCGAUGUUAUCGU